GCGCCACGAGAGGCGCCGGUGUCUCUAGCGGUGGCGCCUGAUUCUACGGAGACUGCAGCUUCUGUCUGAUCCUUUUUCCUUUCCUCCUCCAUCCCUUCCACAUCCCACAGCUUAGUGUAGCUUGAAGUUUCCGCCUGAGGACUGUGGAGGCCAGCAGGUCGAAAUGGAUACCCAGGAAUCAACAGACUCUUCUCCUCCCGCCAAGCAGCGAGUUAUUUCAGAGGAGUUGAUCUCAGAAGGAAAAUGGGUCAAAUUUGAAAAAACAACUUACAUGGACCCCACCGGUAAAACCAGAACUUGGGAAACAGUGAAACUUACAACCAGGAAGGGAAAAUCUGCUGAUGUCGUGUCGGUCAUACCUGUGCUGCAGAGAACCCUUCAUCAUGAGUGCAUCGUUCUGGUGAAGCAGUUCCGGCCCCCAAUGGGCGGCUACUGCCUGGAGUUUCCAGCAGGGUUAAUCGAAGAUGGAGAAAGCCCAGAAGCAGCUGCUCUGCGGGAGCUGGAGGAGGAAACUGGCUACAAAGGCGACGUUGCCGAAUGCUCUCCAGCUGUGUGCAUGGAUCCAGGCUUGUCAAACUGCACCACACAUGUUGUCACAGUGACCAUCAAUGGAGACGAUGCAGAAAAUGUAAGGCCAAAACCCAAACCAGGGGAUGGAGAAUUUGUGGAAGUGAUUUCUUUACCAAAGAAUGAUCUGCUGACAAGACUUGACGCAAUGGGAGCAGAAGAUCAUCUUACAGUGGAUGCCAGGGUCUACGCCUAUGCGCUGGCACUGAAACACGCCAACUCGAAGCCGUUCGAAGUGCCCUUCCUCAAAUUUUAAGGCCAAGGAGGACACUGGCCAUGUUUUGUAAAUGAAACCAUGAGGCCUUCACUAUUCAAUGUAUUCAAUCAAGUUUAAUGUCGAUCAUAAAUCAGCUUUUUCAUAAAAUAAAAGCAGCACAGACUGCAUGUGGUAUGGAAUUAUAA